AUGUCCGAAACCGCGCCCUCGGCCGCCGGCGGCAGCGGCGCCGACGCUUUCGACCGCAAGAAGGAGAUGGCCGAGUACGAGCACGAGAAGGACAUCAUCAAGAAGGCCCUGGCCAAGCGCCAGAAGCUCAUCAGCGAGCUGUCCAACCUCGAGAACAAGAUCGCCGACCUCGAGGGCCGCUACCUCGACAGCACCCCGGGCGGCAACAUCCUGACCGGCUUCGACAACUACACCAAGGGCCUGACGGGCGCCGCCGCCCAGCGCCGCAAGGCCGGCACCACGGAGCAGAACCGCGUCUUCUCGCGCUCCUCCAUCUCGUACAAUGCGUUGAAUCAGGAAGCCGCCACACCCGCCUCGGGCACCUCGACACCGGGCGCGCCGACGCCGCUGUCGGCCUCGUUCGCCAACAAGGAGAAGGGCGCGUCGGAGGCGCCGACGCCCACGUCCACGGCGGAGAAGAAGACGGCGGCCUCGAAGACGAAGAAGAAGGACAAGGAGAAGGCGGCCGAGGACAGCGAGACAGACUCACGCGCCGACGGCAAGAAGGUCCGGACGCACUUUGGGGCCAAUGCCCGGAAGUAA